CUUAUUGUUGAUGUUGCUCAUACCCCGAUUGACUGUCGUUUUCUGGUUGUGAGUCUGCACGUGUUCGGUGAUACACUGAGGGUUUUGGACAAUUCUGCCACAGUUUUGUACCUUACCGGACUGUUCUGUUUCCUUUGACAUGUACAACUUGUUGUUCGAGGUUCUGAACGCGUGUCCUGAGGAUUAGAAGAGGAGAAACGUGAUUAUUCGUGCCAUCUGUCCGGGGAGCUAGCGUUAGCUAAGCCGCAGAACAACAUGUUCAGACAUGUUCCCAUACACACUGAGAGAGUAAAGAAACGACGACACAAACAUUAUUAGAAAACUGGAGAGUUAUUUUAAUUGGAUUAGUUUGACAAUUUAAAUGGAUUACCAGUUCCCACAGCAGCUUUUUCCUUCGUUUUACAACUGCGCACCGCCGGACUCGGUCCUGAAACACUGCGCUGGAAACUGGGGCUGCUACGACCGAGUCAGACCUCAGGGCACCUCUGGUCCUCUCUCCAGCUGGACAUUCACAUCCAGGCAUCAGGUCAGAGGGGAGACGUGGCGUCACACUGAGCCGAUACCAAUUCCCCUCCUGUCUCCUAAAAAGUCUUUCCUUUGGCCUUCUACGCCCCCAGAUCCGCUGGACUUCACAAAACAUAUGCAGAACUUCUUCAUGGACCACUGCCUGGAUGCCUUCGGGUGCAUGAGUGAAAUUCUGAGCGAAAAUUUCAACUUUAAACAAGGACAGAGAGAGAGAUAUCGCAGGGAUUCAGUCCACAUGUGGAAGGUGAAAAAUGUCCUUGACAUGCUGAAGUAUAAAAUAUGCGCUCAGUCCUAUUCCUCCAGAUCUCUGGACACGUACAGCGCCCUGCUGUCGGACGUGGUGCCCUCCAUCCCUCCUGAGCUGCUGGGUUCUCUGCUGUACGAGGAGCUGACAGAGCAGAGAGACCGCAUGCUGUUCUCUGAAGGAGCCACAGGGGGCGCUCUGGCUUUUGUCCCCUAUUCACAGAGCGGCAGCAGCUCUCAGCGUGGCUGUCUCCUCUACCCUGGAAACCGGGGAUUGGACUGCCUCAACUUCCAUAGAGUGGAGCUGCAGCACCACAAAGGAAGUUCUUCCUGUGUGGACGUCAGCAGCAGUGACCCGUUCAGCUUCCAGCUGAAAGGCCCUAUCAGACAGAUCAGCUCCGCCUCCCUGUUAAACGACUGUUGUGUUGCAGUGCGGUCGGAUCACCUGUGCGGAGUUUGGAGGUUCAGCGAAAGAAAUGAACCUCGUCUGCUGCAAGUUGUCAACACCAGAGAGGUCGCAACCUGCAUCAACGUCAGUCCUCAUGUUUUAGGUGAAGUUCUAGUGGCAAGUGAAAGCGGAGCAGCAAACCUGUGGACUGUUGGCAGAGGGAUGCAGAAGAUUCGGGAAGAAGACAGUAACCUGUACUUCAACGCUAAGUCGUCAUGGCGAUGGUGUGAGUUCUCCGCCCACCCAAGGGUGAUGCUGUACGCAGACAGGACGGGGGUAGAGCUCACAGACAUUAGGUUGAGUCCUGUCUCGAAUCACACUCUGUUUCGCAUCAGCAACACCCCAGAGUGUCGCAGUGGGGAGAGACUUAUUCUGUCCAGAUAUCUGGGAGAUGGCCAUCCCUUCCAGCACCUCAUCACGACUCAGUUCUCAGCCUACAUCAUGGACGAGCGUUUUCCCUGCGUGCCCAUGCUCAAGUGGGAUCACAUGAUGCAGUCCCCACCCAUGUUUUGUCAUGCUGUUCGUGGCUCCACCUCUGGCUCAGCAGUGAGUGGGGCUAAGACCACUAAGGUCCUGCUGGGGUCCCACAACUCUCAGGAAAUCACACUGCUGCAGUACUCGGGAGGCAGAGCAGAGGCCUGUUCCACCCACGGUCCUCCUCAGGCACUGCUCAGACCCAGAGACAGUCUGAAACACCUUCCUGUCCAGAUCCCUCACCGCCUGGACAUCGCUACCAGCAGAUUGUCCUCACCUGUUGCAGGUCUAACUUGUAUUCAGAAGAGAGGUGGAAGAGAGGCCGGUGGCGAGGAGUGUAUCUGUAUCCUACAGCUGACGGAGGCGGGAGAUAUUUUCUACCAGAUCCUCGAGCCUGAGCAGCCUGAGCAGCCUGACACCUGUCGACCUCCAGCAGCAGAUGAUGAUCUGCUGCCACAACCAACUCUAAAAGAAGCCACAACUUUAGGGAGAGAACCAGCCAAACCGCUUCAACCACAUUCUGAGAUGGUUGUAUCAGACACAUCGAGCGAUGAGGGUGUAAUCGGACCAACUCAGGGUCCAACUGUGCAGAGGUUUGUGGCUGAAACACCAGAGAGGGAACAACGAGUGCUGAACUCUUACUCUUCCUCUGAGGAUUCAGACUCUGGAGGGAAAGGUCAAAACCUGAAGCAGUUGGGGCUGCAGGUCAUCGUCAACGAUGAUCCAGAGCUGGAUCAAGUGUGUGGAUUGGAAGUAGGUGUGAAAGAUGGAAAGGUGGGUAAAGGUACAGCUGAUAAUACUGAGGAACCCAGCAGUUUGGGUCACGUUGGUCCCUCUGAGUGGCAGACUCCAGUAAAGCUCAGUGACGGCGCUCUCAUCACGUGGAAACGUUGGCUCCAGAAAUUGAUGCAUAAGAGUCGUGAUAACAAGCCCCGUCCACGCUGCCUACAGCACUUCACAGUCAAAACUGGAGGCCUCCUCCACCUAUCUGAAGAUGAGAGAGAUGAGGCGCAGAGAUAUUCGACAAAAGCUAAGCCUGUACAGAGCUUGAGGCGUGAUCUGAGAGCGUGCAUGUCCAAACGCUCGCUGCUGGUUCACAGUGCUGUCUCUGCCUCUCUCGGGGCUCCAGAUGUGGUAAUGUUGCCAGACCUGGUGGAUACAGAAGUCUGGAGAGAUCAGAUCAGCCAACGUCUGACCCUCUCUUGGCAGGGGGAGGAGGCGUGGCGGGCGUGGUGGGAGGAUCAGCUGGGGCUGAACAGGGAGGAGAAGGUGGAGGCUCUGAAGAGGAAAAGGAGGAGGGAGAAGGAGGCGAAGAGAGCCACCGGCCGACGCCUGGAGCUGUCCGGGAGCUUCACCUCGUCUGUCAGCUACCAGUCAGAGCUGGCUGAUUUUUCUGAUUCAACGGGUUGGUCCUCUGCAGCGAGCCAGGGGGCGUGGUCAGACACGGAAAGUAAGGUGUCCCAGUUGGAGGGCUCUUUGGAGUGCGGGACGCCAAGGGCCUCAACACCUUCCACCAUGCAAACUGACACUCCAGCUUACACACCGACCGCCACACCUCAAAGUGUUAAAGAUAAACAAGGUGACCAGCAGACUCCCAGCAGCUCCCACACCCUUGCCCUGUCUCAGACACCUGACUCCACACUGGCCAAUCAGAGGAGCAACAAACGUCCAGCUGAGGACUACCUCAGCUCUCUGUUUGCACCACAGGAUGAGCCCUCGCAGCUCCGUAGCUCCCAGUCUGUCCCUCAGAGGAGCCUCAGGAUGGAUCUGUCCCAGGACACCGCCGUCUGGUCAGGUUUCUCUCAGUCUCAGUCCCUCUCCCAGAGUUCACAGGGUCGGAUGGGGCUGUCGCAGGCGUCACAGCCCAAGAAGAAGAAGUCUCGGAUGGGAUUUUGAUUCAUUGGUUGGUCUGUCCAUCACACGAAGGGGGAGUGAAUCGUUUGGAAUACAUGUUUUCUCCUAAUAACUCACCAAAACAAAAGCAAGGGGCUGGAGUAACCGGCCUCAAAUUAAAAGGAAUGUUUUUCGGAUUUCUGUCGUCUUCAGCUGCCUCAGGAUUUGUAAAAAUGGAUUUAUAAUGGUAUGGUAUUAUUCACUGGGAUUGUACGUACAUGAAUGAACUUAACUGUAAACUGGAUCUAAUGGAGGAGGAUGAACUGAAUGGAUGAUGGAAAAGGAGCCAUCACAUCGUUGGUGACCCCUGAACAUGUCUGCAGACUGGCUGAAGAAAACUGCAACUAAUUUGGUAGGACUCUUUGUUGUGUGCGUGUGCGUGUGCGUGUGCUUGCAUGCACACGCGCAAAAUAAUGUAGGAACACUCUAACAGAAGGAAAAAGAAAAACUGACUGGAGGCCCCUGCCUGUUUAAGAGAAUAUAAAAGCUGAAAAGAACUAAAGUGCCUUAAAAUUUGACUUAGUUUUUGUGGCCUUGACCAACUGCCACUUUGCUCGUUUGAAAGCCAUGAUGCCUCUCUCUCAUGGGUGGGCCAAAUUCUCUGGGCAGGCAAAGCAGAGAAAGGGGAGGUAACCUUCCACUUUAUGACAACAUAAGGGGCAAGAUUCCAGAUUGGCCCAUCUGAGCUUUCAUUUUCUCAAAGACAGAGCAGGAUACCCAGGGCUCGGUUUACACCUAUCGCCAUUUCUAACCACUGGGGGAACUCAUAUUAAUGUUAAAAAACCUCAUAAAGUGAAAUUUUCAUGCCACCUUUAAAAUAGAAAUCCUGAAAUUCUGCGUCGUUUGACUUUUCUCAUUACCAGUGUCUCUCACUCAGUUGUUUUUUUCUUUAGUAAAUGAAAGUACACCUCGCUCUUUGUGAUAAAUUAUUUUUAUGAAACCUUUUACAUCUGCUUCUCUAAACAAAACAGAACAGAUUUGAAUAAAACCACUUAGUUUUGGGUAGUCAUUACAAACCAACAGGACAUGAUAGCUUUGUCAGUCUUCUCAAAGACAAAGGGCCACAUGAAAAAAA